GCCGGGUGCCGCCAGCGUGCGGGCCGUGCCGAGCGUGGGAAGCGGUGAAUGAGCAGCACGGCGUUCGCCAAAAAGCUCCGUUAGCGUCCUGCAGUUCCUGAAAUAGGAGAGAGAACAUCUUCUGUCCGCCGCCAGGCUGUAAUAAAGGCUGCGAUCUUCCUUCGAGUAUCACUGAUUUUUAAUAAGUGCACGGAUGUAGCCAGGCCGUCUGGCCGGAAAGAUGAAGGUGCUCCGAUUUAGUGGCGUGCAUCCCUUUCGCAGUGUCGGUGACACGGCACUGAACUGCCUGCCCCGCUCCGUCCGUGUGCCGCAGCCCGCACCGCUCGGCCCGCAGGCUGGGAGCUACGCGCCGGGCUCUGCUGCAGCCCGCAGGAAAAACCGCGUUGCGAGGAGUCAAAGCGGUGUGACAGAGGGACAGGCCGAGUCCCGUCACGGAGCUGUGUGGGUAUGCGCCGUGCCUGCUGGAUCCGUGAGCGGAAAUUACCUGUCUGUAGUAACCUGGUAGAGAUUGCCUCCGUCUGUCCGGGCUCGGGGCGAUAUCCCGGCAGCGUUAGGGAGCGUCCUGCCAGGCCGGCACUGCCGGCGCGGGGAUGGCUGGCGUCGCGUUUCUGACUUUGUUAGGAGCUGCGGGUGCCGUGCCCGCAGAUCUGUCGUAUUACAUUUCACUUGGCUGACAGGUUUUGGCCUCACCUGGCAUAGGUUGAGAGUAUUUUCCUGUGAGGCUAUUAAAAAUCUUUGACGGUAAGCAGCAGUCAGAUGUCAAAGGCUGAAUUCCCCCAGGCAUGGCAAGAAGGCAAGCACAAUCUCCCACUGCUCAGCACUGAAUGGCACGCAGUCGUGAAUUCCUACCUACCUUGGGAUUGCUAAUCAGCAUACGUGUCAUGCUUUUGGUUUUUUUAGGAGGGGUGGGGAGGGGUUCUUUUACAAAAGAAGUCAUGGUGGGUGUUGUAUUAAUGGUGUGUGACAUUCGGUGAGUCCGUUGUGAGGAUUUGCACACCCAUGGGAAUGUGCUCCCAUGUUGGCAGUCAGCGGCUUCCAAGAGCUGGCAGUUUAAACGGGAGUCAGGUUGGUGUCUGAAUCAAGAGUUUGUUUUGCUAUGCAAUGUGAGAACUUUGCACGGGAUUUAAUUGUCAGCCUUCUGUUAUAUUUCAUUCCAAAUUUAAUUAUAUUUUUCAGAAGAAAUGCAAAUAAACCAUUUUGUCUCCGGAUACAAAGCAGAAAAAACCCCACGAGCUUCAUGUGAUCUCCACAAAAGGCAUUGGCAGAAGUGGCAAGUUUUCUGCAAAGGCUGUGUUAACUUGUUUUAGAUUUGCCUGCAGGACAACCACUGUGGGUUUGGGAUACGCACCCAUCUCAGUCCCCUCUGAAAUUCUCACUGUUAAGAAAUGCAGGUGGCCUGAAUGUACAAACAGAUACCCUGUGAGACAGCAGAGCACGUCACAUACCCAAUCCUGAGUCGAUGAAAUGCAAUUGUGAUUGAAGCACUGCAGGUUUUUUUUUCUCGUUGCUCCUCAUUUCUGACGUUCUCCUUUCUGCUUUGCAGACCUCCCUGCUGCCAGUGCUGGUAGUGCUGAAGGGAGCGCUGAGCCGUGCAGCCAUUUUGAGCUGUGUGCCCAUCAGCCAUUGUUUCCCUUCAGGGAGCUCUCUGAAUGCAUUACACAGGUCCAGCACUACAUUUGCAAAUGCAUUUCAUCUCUUUUCUAUUCCCUUUUCUGUAUUUGCUGGAAGAAAAUGUCACCAAAACUCAGGAGGAAAGAAAGAUGCUGCAGUAUGCUAACAAUUAGAGAAAUGCAUUUGAGGGGGUUGUUGUUUUUUUUUUUUCUCAUGAACCAACAGUUGCAGCAUGUACUCAUCUGUUUCUGGAUGAGGACUGAGUUUACACAGGCUGGAUCCACUAUUGCUCAAAUAACAACACCUCGUGUGCACUGUUUGCAUUUUUGUUCUCCCACUUUCCCCAUGUAUUGUGGAGAUCAAGGUCCUCCCCACGUCUUAAAAUGAAGACAAGGUAGAAUAGUGAAUGUAAAACACAAAGAAAACGCUAGGUACACAAGGAAAAGCUGUGCUUGUGAAAGGCACUGCCUUCCCGGACUCAUCCUGUUCAUUUUGCAUUUGCUUGUUAAAAGAAUCUGAAAUUAACUUAUAAUUAGCUGAUCUACAGAAAAAGCAUAAGCAGCGGCAGAUAAGACUGGGGCACGAUGCUGGUAGUUUUUGUUUAAAUGCCAGAUGGGUUCACACUGCCCUCGAGUGCAGCUGAUGCUCAGCUCUUACCCUCUAUUUACUCACCUUGGCAUUUCAGCUGGUGCCUCUCAGGUUUCCUGCAGUAUAUAUGCUGUGCAUUAAUGGGAGUCCUGGAUCCUCCUCCACCACUUAAUGGUGUCCUGGGUGCACUUUCAGCCCCAUUCCUCUCUGCCCCUACCAACCACUCAGUCUAAGAGCUGGGAUACAGCUUCGCUUGGGUGUAAGCAAGGGGUUAAGAAACCCUCACCCUGACCAAAAGACUGUUCUUACGCAGAUGCUGUUGUCAGCCAGGCACAGGCACUGCUUUGGCUGUCACUGAUCAUGGAUGGAGAAAAUGUGAAGGCUGAACUGGGUCACGAUAGCUAUCUGUGAAGUGCUACCACACCUUCCUGUCAUUGCCUUCUAUGUGGGUUCUGUCUGCGGGUCUCCCUGGCGAUGUGCUGCUGUUUGCAGCCCAACCCCCCCACGGCUGUCAUACACACCAGAGGCCAAACUGCUGUGGCCUGUGGGGCUGAGCUGCUCUCAGCUCCUGGGGAGGAUGAGCCCUCUUGGGCAUCCCCUCGUCUGCAGAGGUAAAGGCAGGACGGUGGGCAUCGGAUGGUGAAUUUUCUUGUUAUUAAACUGUAGGAGCCUUGUGUUCACAAACCACCAUUCGCUCUUUAGAUUACUUCACUCAAUAAUUCCGAGAUCAAGCUGAAGCGUGAUUUUAGCAAGAUUACACUUGAUUGCUUUUUCCUUUUUUUUUUUUUUUUCCUUCUCCAACAGUGCUCCAAUGUUGCCAGUUCCAGAGGAGCACGGCCUCAUAGCACGUCUCAAACGUUCAACCUUGAACAAAAUCAGAAUGUCUCAUGCCUGCCUUGAGUGUUACUUUCUUUGCUAAGAUUGCUGUGCCCUGUUCUGUUUGGUAUCAGAGCUUUUACUGUUUCUGUUUAGAUAUGUGGACAAAGAUGUAGAUGACAGAGAAGUGUUUUCUCCUUCUGGCUUGGAAUCAAACUUCUCAAGAGCAGACCAGGAUAUUUCUCUGAGGAAAUGGAUUCAUCUUUCCAAAAAUAUCCAGUCAAAAAGCGAGUGAAAAUUCAUCCCAACACGGUAACAGUGAAAUACACAUCUCAUUAUCCCCAGCCAGGAGAAGAGGGAUAUGAGGAUGGUAAUGAAGACACGGGAGUAUUUAUGGAGGACAGUCCAAAGACAAGACUACUGAAUGCUGGGAAAAAAAGAGAAAGGACCUUUUUUGGUGCAAUAGACACGCAGCUUCAGCCAGCACAACUGCCCAAGCCCAGUGAGAUGGGGCAUUUCCAGAACUUUCCUGAAGGAAAUAUACUGCAGUCAAGGAAAAUGUGGAUAGUCCUUUUUGGAUCUGCCGUGGCUCACGGAUGCGUGGCUCUAAUUACACGAUUAAUUUCUGAUCGUUCCAAAGUGCCAUCACUAGAGUUAAUUUUCAUCCGCUCAGUCUUACAAGUGCUGUCCAUUACUGCUGUGUGUUACUACCACGAGCCACCCUUUGGCCCCAAAGGGUACAGACUCCGGCUCUUCUUCUACGGGGUCUGCAACGUUAUCUCCAUUACGUGCGCUUAUACUUCUUUCUCUAUAGUUCCCCCUAGUAACGGGACCAUUAUGUGGAGGGCUACCACUACAGUGUUCAGUGCCAUUUUGGCUUUUUUGCUAGUAGAUGAAGGAAUGGCUUACGUAGACAUAGUUACGGUAGUUGGCAGUGUGUUUGGUGUUUGUCUGGUCAUGAUCCCCAACAUCGUUAAGGAAGAAAACUCUCUGCUGAGCACCUGGAAGGAAGCUUUUGGCUACACCAUGACUGUUAUGGCAGGCUUGACCACUGCUCUCUCCAUGAUAGUCUACAGGUCAAUCAAAGAUAACAUCAGCAUGUGGACAGCACUGUUCACCUUCAGUUGGACAGGAACAGUAUGGGGGGCAUCCACCAUGUUCUUACUUCAGGAGCCAAUCGUCCCACUGGAUGGAGAAACCUGGAGCUAUCUCCUCGCCAUCUGCCUGUGUUCCACAGCAGCCUUCCUGGGGGUCUACUACGCCUUGAGCAAGUUCCACCCUGCUCUGGUCAGCACUGUACAGCACCUAGAGAUAGUCAUUGCCAUGGUCCUGCAGCUCAUCGUGCUGCGCAUUUUGCCAGGUACUUACGAUCUUGUUGGGGGAGCAGUUAUUUUGGUUAGUGUUUUCUUCCUUGCAUGUUAUAAACUGUCCUGGAAGAAUUUAGAAAGGCAAGAUUAUCAGGAGAUUGUGGAUUCUUCCAUUAAAUGAACUGCAGUUUUGUUGUCUAGUUCUGGACGUGCGUUACUGCUGUAUCUGUUACAUGCGCAACCACAUGAAAGUAAGAUAUUCCAACUCUGUUGUGUCUUAGUGUACUGGUCAGGUCCUCUUUCUACUGUGUAACUUCACAGCUGAUGUAGCAACGUUGAUAUUUCCAGACUUCCAUGACAGGUGAAUUUGUUCUAGCGCAUACAGUCACUGUUUGUCAUGUGAUGAAAGAAUAUUUGUCUCCAGCAUAAGGGGUAGUGGAGCACAGGACAAGUUGUAGGCCUUUUCUGCCUCACUUACCCUGCUGAAGUAAUACAGAGGGAUCCACUAGCAACUGUCAUUAUUGUGCACUGUGGUAGUAGGAAAAUGAGCAGUAAAAACAUUAAAAUGGUUAACCAGGG